AAGCAAAGGAGACUGUCUUACCUGCCCCCCUGGCACUUUUUGUAACUCCACAGGGCUCACUGAUUUCUCAAGCUUCCUUUGUCCACUGGGUCAUUGGUGCAGUGGGACAGGUUUCCCCGUGCCCUGCCCUGCAGGCACCAUGAGGGCACAGGCAGGGGCAGCUGCUGUCAGUCAGUGUGAGCCUUGCCCUCCUGGUACCUACUGCCCAGACUCUCGCACCACGGGCCAGCCUAAUACAGCAGGCAUCCCAUGUCGAGCUUCUUACGAAUGUCCUGCAGGUUCAGUCACAGAGACCCCUUGCAGAGCUGGUUCAUACUGUAGACCUCAGACAGGAGAUCCCACACCAUGUCCUGCAGGAUACUACUGUCCUGAAGGAUCUCGCACCUACAGCUCACCACAGCAAGUAUGUACUUUUCCACAUUACUGCCCAGCCAACAGUUCUACCAUGCUGUCCUGUCCGGAUGGCUGGAUGCCGCUGAACACCUGCGCGUUGAGGAAGUCUCAGAAGAGUAGCUGUGUGCUGUGUGGGGCUGGCACCUAUCGGCCCAGUCGCUCCCCUCACCUCCAGUGCCUCCUCUGCCCUCCAGGACAUCACUGCCCUCCGGUGAUCAACCUUGUCCAGUCGGGUACUUUUGUCCACAAGGCAGCUCAGAUCCUGUUCCCUGCCUGCCUGGCUCAUAUGGAAACCGCACUAGUGCUGAAUCACUUAAGGAAUGUCACAAAUGCCCACCAGGGACCUUCAAUCACUUGCACGCCCAGAGAGCCUGUUUCCCCUGUGGGAGUUCGUCCACCUCAGAUGCAGGUGAAGAUGCGCUGUGGGGCAGGUCAAGUGAGACUGGCCUCUACGCUGGAAUGUGUUUUCCCAUCCACCUACUCCUGUAACGUCACAUGUGGACCUCAGGGUGGGAAUUUGGAUGUUGGGAUGGGCAUUUGUCACUGCGAUAGGUACGUGUCAGCGGAGGAACUGUGUAACUUUUCAUGUGUGUCCACACUGCCGGUGCUCUCUGCCAGACUGGAUACAGACGGACAGCUACUGUUGAGAAUCAAAGCCGCAGAUGAAAGCAAAACCUGGAGCAGGAAUAUGAUAAAUGUACUAGGACCUGAUGUUCAUGUCAAGAACAUUGGAAGGAUCCACUUCGUCCAGUUCGCUCCUGAGGGAGUGUUUGGUUGGAUUUUAAUAGACCCCUUGCUCAUUGAUUCUUUAGUAAGAGAACCAGUUGAAAUUCUGGAGAGAGAUUUAAGGAAGAAACGACAUGCUGAUCAGAGUGAGGUUUCCGAGCCUCUUCCACGGAUCCCAAAUCCCAUCGCAUGUCUGUCCCCAAAUGAUAUGCUCAUCUUUCAGCUCACCAUCAACCACACCGACCGCCACUACAGUCACUUCCCAGUGUACCAGAAGGAUCACCUGUUCAGCAGUAACCCUGGCUGGGAUUUUGGGGCAUUUAGACGUCUGCAGCAUCUUGUCAAACACACACAGCUAUAUUCCAGCAGAUUUGCGCAUGUGUUCAUGGAGACGGGAAAGUAUGUGUUCCUGGAUAACGCAGUGCCGGACUGGAGUCUGAUAGUGGUCGUGAGUGAACAGGGCUCGGAGUGCAAUCCCACAACGGCUGCGUUCCAGCCGACGACCCCUGCACAGCUUGUGCGACACGGGAUUGUUAAACAACACAGCUUAAACCUGCUUCCAGACUGGGGGCUCAUCACAGGGAUCUUGUCUCUGUUGGUGUUGCUGAUAAUAGUGUUGACAGCCUCUGCUCUUGUCUUGAGGUUGAAUCGGUCCAACCUCAUCGCUCAAGGGAGGCCAAAGCCCAAGUGGCGCAGCUUGGGUGAACCCAGUGUUCCUACUGAAUAUGUUUAUAAUACAGAAAGUGUGGACGGCUCUGAGCCACUAGGUCUGAGAGGGGUGGGAGAGGGAGCAGCAUCAGAGGAACCUGCUGUUUGCAAAGGAGGUUUCAGAACUACACUAAUGGAGCUGGAGGAGUUUAAUGUGAAAACUCUGUAUGACAAGUUAGAGGAUCAGAAUUUACAUCUGACAUCCCAGCUGGCAAAGCACCGCAAAGACACACAGGAGUUUUACAGGAACAUGUGCCAGCAAAUUGAUGCUCUGAGGGACACACUAGAAAAUAUGGAACCCUCAAAACUGAACCAGCUGAAAAAAAUACUAGACAAUGAAGUUCUGAUGAAAGGAGAAACUGCUCAUGAGCCGUGGAUGGGGCUGAUGGAGGCCAUGCUGAGAUCUUUGGAGGGAGUGCUGUGCAGGAUGAAUGGGGAGGUCUGGCAGCAACAGGACAGCACAGCAACAAACAGCCACAGAGACACCCGAGAGAGUGAACUUCACACUGGAUACACUCAGUUUUCUCCUGCAGACAUGUCCGAGUUUAAAGUGGGUGCAGAUACAGCGGCAGCUUCCUCAGAUCCAGGUCAACAGCAGAGCACCAUCCCCUGCGUGAGUGAAGAGGAUCUGGCCAAGUUUGUGUCUCUGACGCCUCUGUCCAAAACAGUGCAGGAAAUAAAGGAAUCGCUCCAGACUCUCGCCCACACGUCCGAGACAGAGGACGUAAUUAUCAGCCCAGCAGAGGGUGAACCAUCGCACCUGAUCCCUGUUGCCCUUGACAGCCUUUCCCCACAGCAUUUCGCUGUCUUCCUGUUUGGCUGCCAUCUUGUGCGUUUACUGAGCAGAGCUUGUUCCUUCCCCCCUGUCGUGCUGCUAUUGGCCAGGACGGUGCCAGUCUCUCACUGUGAUAACCUGCUGGCCUACUGCCAUAAAGACUUUUAUUACGACACAGCCAAUCAAAUUCUGUACAUCCUAGAGAAGAAGCUUCAAAAUGCUGGCCAGUUCAUCUCCAUUCUUUUACACUCAAUGGCCUAUAUCACCUCAGGCUCAAAAUCUCUCGAAUUCAUAAAAGCCUUCCACUUGGCCGUUUCAGCAUUAAGCAUGCAGUUGUUUCAUCACUCUUUCACUGAGGAUCAGAGGAAAGGAAAGAUGGAUGAGGAAAACACACCAGAGGCCUUUGGAACAUUAGUAGAGGACUUCUUCAGUGUAAAAAUACCUACUGAAAUGCAUUUCACUGAACACCUGCUGGCAGAGAGACUUCAAGUAUAUAAAUACUUCAAGUUGGAACAGCUCCUCCAAGAACUAAAACCAACUCUAAAAGACAGACAUGGAGAUGGACGAGGGCAAACUGGCCUAAGAACACAAGUACCAGUGCUGUGUAUGGAAAGAGAAAUAAACAGACUUGAUGAAGUUUACCAGCAGCUCUCCUCUGAACUCUACAGGGCAACACACAUACACAGCUCACCGGAGAAGAAAGAGCCCAGGUUUGACAAACCGCUUCAGGAGCAGCAGGUGAUGCUGGAGCUGCAGAAGUGUACGGUGGAUCAGAGAUUGAAGGCGAUGAGAGACAGACUUUCUAAACUGAGCUCAAGCCAGCGAGCGAGUCCUGAUGAAAACACACCUGCUCACGGCACAGUCCUGGCUCAGGAAGACAGCCAGACUCCCAGCAAACGCAAACCAGACAGGGGAGGAGCAGAGAAACAGACACCUGCUGCAGGACAGUCCAGCAACAAAAAGCAGAGUAAGCAUAUGGACAAAGAUGAGGAAAAGGGUGUGACUGCGUGA